CCCAGAGAGGUUUCUAUCCCCCGUUUCACUUCUACCCACACCGAUGAAAUCAGUGCAAUGUGUCAGCAGAGUGGACUGGUUUGAAUUUGAAAAGAGAUCACAAAACAAAACGGUUUCUUUUUGAGUCACCUGCCAGCAUCUAAAGGAGAGAAGUGUACUAUCCGUCUCCCUGCCUCUUCCGUCUCCUCUCCCUCAUCCCCUGCUCUCUGUGUUUCUCCCUCCCUCACUGCAUUUUUCCCAGGCUGAGGCGUCCAUGGACCCUCUGGCUCCGCUGCUUUCGUCAGUGAGUUGGAGCGCUCUGAGAACUUUGUGAACUCUCCGUGUUGGAGUGAGAAGGGAGACGAAGAGGGAGCAGUUGAUGGGACGCAGCCCGGCAAGAGCAGCAGGCUCCUCUGGAGACGGCAUCAGGACUCUCAGCUGGAGAUAAUCCCCCCGGGUCAUGACAAGACAGCGCCUCAGCCUCUUAACCCCCCUGGCUCUGCUGGGACUCCUCGUGGGGCUUGCAGACCUCAGCUAUGGCUCUCCUGGCGAGGACGAGGAUUACUACAUGCAGGAGCUGCUGACAAGAGAACAGUACAACCAGGUCCAAAUGCUGGAGAAGCCUGUGGCCUCGAUACCUGACAGGCAUGAGCACCCUGGCCAUAACCCUUCCAAGAAAGUGCCCAAGGGGAAGGCAGACAGCAGCAGGCAGACGGAUAAAACCACAGCUGAUGCAAAAUCAGUGAAAACAGCCAACAAAAAGGCAGAGAAGAACAAGAAAAGCACCCUGAAGACCCCGAACAGCAUCUCAGAGGCGGGACAAUACAACCCAACAAAAGAAGAAUGCCCUCCUAUGGGAUUGGAGACGCUGAAGAUUGAUGAUUUCCAGCUUCAUGCUUCAACUACGAAACGCUACGGCCUUGGUGCACACAGAGGUCGUCUUAACAUUCAGGCAGGCCUUUAUGAAGAUGACCUCUAUGACGGGGCCUGGUGCGCGGGGAGAGAUGACCCGCUCCAGUGGUUCGAGGUGGAUGCCAGGAGGCUGACAAAGUUCACAGGGGUCAUCACACAAGGCAGGAGCUCCCUCUGGUCAAGUGACUGGGUGACCUCGUACAAGGUCAUGGUGAGCAACGACAGCCACACCUGGAUCACUCUGAAGAACGGCUCAAAGGACUUGAUCUUCAGUGCCAACAGGGAGAAGGAGAUCCCAGUCCGGAACGUCUUCCCAGCGCCGGUGGUCGCUCGAUACAUCCGAGUCAACCCUCGCUCUUGGUUCCACAGCGGCAGCAUCUGCAUGCGAGUGGAGAUCCUUGGCUGUCCUAUGCCAGAUCCAAAUAAUUAUUAUCACAGACGCAAUGAAGUCAUCACGACAGACGACUUGGACUUCAGACACCACAGCUACAAAGAGAUGAGACAGCUUAUGAAGGUGGUAAAUGAGAUGUGCCCCAACAUCACCCGGAUCUAUAACAUAGGAAAGAGCCACAGCGGUCUCAAGCUGUAUGCGAUAGAGAUUUCUGACAACCCGGGAGAGCAUGAAGUUGGUGAACCAGAGUUUCGUUACACAGCAGGUUCCCAUGGUAACGAGGUGCUGGGACGGGAGCUACUCCUCCUGCUGAUGCAGUUCAUGUGUCUGGAGUAUCUAUCUGGCAACCAGAGGAUACGUCACCUGGUUGAGGAGACCAGAAUCCAUCUAUUGCCAUCUGUCAACCCCGAUGGGUACGAGAAAGCCUUUGAAGUGGGUUCAGAGCUCAGCGGCUGGUCUCUCGGUCGAUGGAGCAACGAUGGAAUAGACAUUCACCAUAACUUCGCCGAUCUCAACACCAUACUGUGGGAAGCCGAGGCCAAGAAGUGGAUCCCUCGCAAAAUGUUCAACCACCAUGUGCCCAUCCCAGAGUGGUACCAGUCCAGAAAUGCCUCUGUUGCCGUGGAGACACGGGCUCUGAUAGCAUGGAUGGAGAAGAUGCCCUUUGUGCUGGGCGGUAACCUCCAGGGAGGGGAGCUGGUGGUGACCUUCCCGUACGACAAAACUCGCUCCCAGGGGGUGAGCAGGGAGCAGACCCCUACCCCGGAUGACCACGUCUUCCGCUGGCUGGCCUUCUCCUACGCGUCCACCCACCGCCUGAUGACUGAUGCCAACCGACGGGUCUGCCACACAGAAGACUUUGCCAAGGAGGACGGCACCGUCAACGGAGCUUCCUGGCACACUGCGGCUGGCAGUAUGAAUGAUUUCAGCUACUUGCACACCAACUGCUUUGAGUUGUCGAUGUAUGUGGGUUGUGACAAAUUCCCUCAUGAGAGCGAACUGCCUGAGGAGUGGGAGAACAAUCGCGAGUCUCUUCUCGUCUUCAUGGAGCAGGUGCAUCGUGGGAUCAAAGGUGUAGUGAGGGACCUGCAAGGUCGCGGAAUAGCUAACGCCAUCGUCUCAGUGGAGGGCAUCGGCCACGAUGUUCGCACAGCUGCUGAUGGUGACUACUGGCGCUUGCUGAACCCCGGAGAGUACAGAGUGACAGCCAGGGCCGAGGGCUACAGCCUCAGCAGCAGGAAGUGCGAGGUGGGCUACGAGAUCGGCGCCACCAGGUGCGACUUCAUCAUCGGCCGCACCAACCUGUCACGAAUCAAAGAAAUCAUGGAAAAAUUCAACAAGCAGCCCAUCAGACUGCCCGUCAGGCAGCUCCAGGCUCGCAGGACCAGAGAAAGACGCACGGGAACAUAAUGACAGGAUGAGGAAGCUGCAGGAAAAAUUGAAAACAAACAUCUGCUCUGAUCUGACUGGGGUGAACUCCAGGCCUGGGUUUGGACCUUUGUCAGAUUCCUCCACAGGACUGUCAGAGGAAUUAGUGUUUGGAGAUUGAAAAUGUGGAUUAAUUUAAACGGGAUGCUUUAUUUGUUUUUUUGUUUAGUUUGGUUUCAUCCCCAGGCAUAAGCUCUCUCUGCGGCGACUGUUGUCAUCUCAGCUUUCCUUGAUAUCCACCGUAAAUGUAAAAGUAUUUCUUUCUAUCAAGGGCUAUGUUUGUUCAACCCCUUUUUUUUCAGUCUAUAAUACAUCUACCAUCACUCCUUGUGACACAAGUAUAAAUACUGAAAUGGCAGAUAAGAGAAUAUAAUCAAUUCAGAACUUAUUUUUUUAAAUAAAAGAAAAUUGAUAUACAAACUAUAGAUAAGGAAUAUGUCUUAGCAUUUAAUUUUAGCCACUCUGAGAAAUGGCCAUGACUGUCAUUAUGUACAUACUUAUUAACUUAUAUAACACAUGUAAACCAUUACAAAAGCUUUAUUACCUGCACUUGUACAAUUUUUGGUCCAUUAAGAAACUUGUGGACACGGUGGCUUUUUGUGUGUCACUGAUUAAUUUUUUUUAUAAACUUUGCAUUUGGCAAAUCAUUAAAGAAUUAAAGACUAUUAAAGACUAUGUUUGCACAAACUGAACUUAUUAAGCUGCUCAUGUGGUAGAGUGUGGAUUUUACUCAUGGAAAACACCUUGAAAGUGUCUGCAUAAGGGUGUGUAAUGUCCAAUCAAUUACACAAUUUGAAUUUCCAAGUAAUUUAGUUUCCUGGAAAGAACCAUGUAAUAUUAGUACUAAUUAUAGAGAAAGCAGUAUUCAGUUGGUACACAUUUACUGAAUCUGUUCCAAUUAAUGGGGCAACCUAGUGCACAGGGCAUCAGCUGGAUAUGUGAAAAUGUGAAAAUCACAUAAAUGUUGGAAAUGUUAACGUUCAUUUACAGGCAAGCAUGCAUGACGAUAUACUUCAUCAUAUUCAUAUAUAAUCAUUUAGCAAUUUUUUUUUUGGAAAUGACACACAUAUAAAAUCAAUCUGUACCAAAGUAUUUUAGAGGACUUCACAUCGGAAAUGAUAAAGAAAGUCAAAAUGUUUGCAGUAAUGAGUGAUUUACUGAGAUGAUAAUAUCAAAAUGAUCUCUGAUUUUACAUUCGCUCCUGUUUUGAUUGAACCUCCCUAAUGGAAAAUAAACACCAUUACAUUCCCAUAA